AUGCGUGUUCGCGUGCAUGCAUGCUCCGAACAUAUUAAUCUUAUAUUCAAAUUCUCUGAUUGGAUACUAAAAGAACAACCCGAGGAAGGAUUAAAAAUAUUCACAGAAGAUAUUGUGGAAGUAGAAAAUCUGCCCCGUCCAAAGAUUUUGGAUUUCCUACUAAGAGAACAUGAGCCUCUAGUGAUACCGUAUUUGGAACACGUAAUACAUACCUGGAACGACACUACCCCACUGUUCCACGACGCCUUGAUAAGUAUGUAUAGAGAAAAAAUAACAGAUAAAAAAGAAAAUAGUACUGAAGAAACGUUGCAACACACGAAAUCGAAACUUCUAGCGUUUCUUGAAAAGUCUACGUCUUAUACACCAGAAAGGGUGAUAUUACAUUUUCCCAAUGACAGUCUGUUCGAAGAGAGAGCUGUGAUUUUAGGGAAGCUUGGGAGACAUGAACAGGCGUUGGCUAUUUAUGUGCAGAUUUUAGGUGACGUUGAAAGCGCAAUACGGUAUUGCGAAAAUGUAACCGAGAAUAUGAAUGACAAGAAUCAAGAUGUUUACGUGGUCUUAAUGAGAAUAUUAAUGAGCCCAGAGCAAAACGUUCUCACUGGACCUUUGGCCAACGUACAGAGACACCCGAAAACAGCCAUUCCCGAUUUGGAGACAGCUUUAAACAUACUAGAAAAGCAUGCCGAUAAAAUUUCGCCAUUGAAGGCACUCGCCGUUUUACCAGACUCCGUACCUCUUGGCAGAUUAAAACACUUCCUCGAGAGCUCUCUCGAUGGGCAGCUGACACUCAAGAGACGCACUCAAGUUCUCAAAGGGCUGCUAUAUGCUGAACAUUUACAGGUGGAAGAGUUGAAACAGUUCCACGAGUCGAAGAACGUGGUUAUCAACGACUACAACGUAUGUCCCGUGUGCAAGAAGCGUUUUAACAACCAAAGCGCAUUCGUGCGGUACCCCAACGGUGAUAUCGUGCAUUAUAAGUGUAGAGUCGAGAAGUAGUUUGUUUGAUACGUAUUAUUUUAUUAUAUCGAUAUUUCGGUGAAGAAAGGGCGUAAAAGGCAAUUUUUAUCAAUAUAAGUUAUUAUUGUGUGCUUGGGUUAUAUUUUCCUGUUAUCGCGGAUUGUCUACCCGAAAUGGUUUUUAUAUGUAAACAUAGAACUAGAACUAAAAAAUAUAUGAACCAAUUGAUGGUCUUUUACUCGUCAUGUACACUUUGUAGCAUGGUUUUUACGCCCUUUCUUUCCCUAGAAGAUAUGUAGAAUGAAAUUAAUAAUUUAAACUUUAAGAGGAGGUGCUGUUCAUUCAUUAAUAACGAAAACUGUAAUUGUUGCAAGUUGUGAAAGUUAAGUAGAAUUUAAUCUACUUCUCUUAUAAGGCAAUGUAACAAUUGAUCCAUUUUUCGAAUGUAUAUUUUGAUGGGUAAAAUCUCUUCUUCUUAUAAACACCGUGUAUUUUAAGUAAUAUUGAUCCGCUAUUUUAAUAAAUUGGUGGUGUCCAAAAAUAAGUAGCAGAAGAAGCAGCUUCAUUAGCUUAUAAUAUAACAGAGUUGAGUAAUAUUUCAUAAAUGUAUAGCAUUGUUCAUAUGAAGUACAGUUAGCAACUAGUUCCAAUAAUUAUCUUGUGUGUAGUCUUUAUUUUUUUAGCGAUAUUUUCGUUAUCUUUUAAUGAUUGAUUAAGAAGCUACACACACUAUGUAACAGGCGAAUCGAGGGAUUCAAUACAAUUUCGACUGUGCGCGGUGCGGUGAGAUCCAUUUCACAUUUAUUCAAGGAAAUGACAUGUGAAAUGAAACUAACUUCAUAAUUUAAAAGUAUAUUUUCCUAAAUUACAAAACAGGUUCGUAUAGUCGUCGUAUUGCAUCUGAUUAUAUAUAAACAUACAAUAAUUAUUAUAUUAUUGUAUAUUUUUGGAGUCAUAGUCACAAUUUACACAGCAAUAUUGCAUUGAAACACUUGAGAUCCCGAAGGAAUUGUAUUAAAAAUGCUUUCGUAUAUUGUCAUGUGUAUUACUAUAAGUUGAAUAAUGUCCCUAAAUCUAUGUACAGAUUUGUAAACAAUGUAUGUUGUAAGUUAAUGUAAAAUAUUUAGUCAUUAUAUUAAUUCUUGUGUAUUACAUUGUAUGUGUAAUCUUAUUUAAUA